UACAAUGUGAGAAUCUCAACUCCCAAAUUGAACCGAUGCACUCGCAAAUAAUCUCUCUGUCUCUCCACUGUCUAAACCAGAUUCAGUUGCUUAUCAAUGGAAUCCUCAGAAAUCGAAGUUCUCUCUCGAAAUCGAAGUGAUUCAUCAGAGCGAUUUCGAAGUUCAUCUCAGCGAUUCAGAUCUCGAAAUCGAAGUUCAUAUCUCGAAAUUUUAAAAUUCUGAGUUCAUAUCACUUCGAUUUCGAUUUAGAUUUGAGUUCAUAUCACUUCGAUUUCGAUUCAGAUCGUGAUUAAGAUCUCAGCGAUUCAGAUCGGUCUCAGUGAUUCAUAUCUCGAAAUCGAAAUCGAAGUUCGAUUCAGAUCGUGAUUCAGAUAUCAGCGAUUCAGAUCGGUCUCAGUGUUUCAUAUCUUGAAAUCGAAAUCGAGAUGAUGAUGAGGAGAUCAGUCUCCGGGUAAUGCAGUUGGCUAACAUUAUUAGUGGAGAUGAUGAUGGUGAAGACGGUAUUAACCAGUUGUUCCUUCAUGAGGAUAUCUCGAAGCCUGGACAGAAGGAGUCUCUGCAUUUUCUGUGCGGGUUGUACCCUGAUGCAUUGGGGAUUCACUCUGUUUCAAUGAGGCCCAAGCUUGAAACUUCUGGGUUUCUUGUAGUUCCGACCAAAUACAAUGGCCCUGUUUUCCAAGAUCUUGACGAAGGGAUGAGAGAUGCACUUCAUAGUUAUAUUGAAGAGCGAGUACAGGUGUUAGUUUACCAUGAUCUGCUAGGAAUGAUGCAACACCCACAUCAUGCCAAGGUAACCCCCAAAUUCUGCAAGCAGUAUGGGCAAGUUGGAGAUGUCAUUAACAAGGCUCUUUCAGAGUACAAGGAAGAAGUAACAAAUGGUUCAUUCCCAGGCCCAGGCCCCUGCCCAUAGCCCGUAUAAAAUUAAUGCCGCCGAUGUUGAUGGUUUUUUAAAUGAGCUGCAAAAGUUGGGUUUGCACAAGGCCGCAUUAGCAGCUGCUACAACAGCUGAGAAGAUUGAGAAUGCUGAAUCACCUGAUGUCUAUGUGGUCUAUAUGGGAAGCAGAGAUGGUCAUGACCCAGAUGAGAUUUUGAUGCAGAACCACUAAUUCCUCACUGAUUUUCAUGGUGGAAGUGUUGAACAAGCCAGGGCAUCUCAUGUCUACAGUUACAGACAUGGUUUCAGAGGCUUUACAACCAAGUUGACAGAGGACCAAGCUUUUGAAAUUGCCAAUGCCUGGAGUGGUGUCGAUGUUUCCAAACAACCGCAGGAGGCUUCACACGACUCAUUCAUGGGAUUUCAUGGGUCUUUUGGGAGAAGAAACCAUGGAAAUCCCUGGGUAUUCCACCAAGAACCAAGUUAAUGUCGUUAUCGGCUUCAUUGAUACCGGUUAGUUGUCUUUCCCUUUCUAUCGAGAACAAUUGGUUUCAUUGAUUAGUAUCACUGUAUGUGCAUGCACAAAUUAGACAAUGUUCAUUUAUUAGUUCAUUAUGGAGACAUGACCUCUAGGCUCUUCCUAGGAUUAGGAGUAGAAAACAAACUGACUCUCUGUGCUCAUUGAAUACAACACUUGCUCAUUCUUUAAUGAGUACCCAUUAUCAUUUUCUUUGAUGCCCUGUUUGUUUGAAGUCACAAGUAUGUGAGCUAACAAUGCCCUUCCUCACUCUUCAUUAUGAUUUCGAACUAAAAUGAGACUUUUCAUUAUGAUUUUAGAAAUUAUAGGUUCAUUUUGUUUAAUCAAAAAACACUCAUCAUUCUAGUCCACUUUUCUUUUUAAUCCUCUCUUUGUCACUGUUUUUGCUAACAAAGGCGUGCCGGUCUCUCUUGCCACUAUUAAGAUUGUAGUAGAGUUCUUUUUCACACACACAACUCUCAAAUUGUUGUGAAACAUAUUGAAUUGCAACAUAUCUCUCUCACACUCUAUGAAAUUGCAAUUAAUUUUAAGCACUGCUUA